AUGGCCAAAGAAAUGGCUAUUGAUGAAGUUGAUGUCUCAAUUCUACCUGUCGAGAUGAUACUUCAGGAGGAGGCAACAACAAAUAAGGAUAACACGCGCUUGGAAGAAGACGAGGAGGGCGUCGAAGAAUUCGAAGAUCUCCGCAAUUUGAGGCUAGAUUGCAUCUAUGAUGAUAGCCCAUUGGAGUUAAUCACGACGGACCAAGGCAUAGUGUUCGUGGGACGCAAAGUGGCGGCCUUUGCAGAAUCCUGGGGCAUCAAGCUUUUAACUUCGACCCCUUACUACGCUCAGGCGAAUGGCCAAGUAGAGGCGGCCAAUAAAAUUCUAAUAAGCUUAAUCAAAAAGCAUGUGGGUCGAAAACCAAAAAGCUGGCAUGAGUCUUUGAGCCAAGUCCUGUGGGCUUACAGGAAUUCACCAAGGGAAGCGACAGGAACAACACCUUUUCAACUUGCCUAUGGCCAAGAAGCCGUGCUGCCCGCAGAAGUAUAUUUGCAAUCGUGUAGAAUUGAAAGACAAGAGGAAAUCCCAAGUGAAGUUUACUGGAAUAUGAUGCUAGAUGAAUUGGUUAACCUCGACGAAGAAAGAAUCUCGGCACAAGACGUUCUAACAAGACAAAAGGAUCGCAUAGCUAAAGCGUACAAUAAAAAGGUUAAAGAUCGAUCUUUUGUCACAGGAGACUACGUGUGGAAAGUUAUCCUCCCAAUGGAUAAGAAGGAUAGGGCUUACGGGAAAUGGACCCCCAAUUGGGAAGGGCCAUUUAAAGUCGAAAAAACAUUACCUAAUAAUGCUUACGUGAUUAAGGAAUUGAGCAAUCAGCGUCAGUGUGUUACGGUAAAUGGCAAGUAUCUAAAAGCAUAUAAGCCAAUGUUGCAUGAAAUCAAAAUUGAAUAA